UUUGGGCAGAAACCUCUGAGGGUGAGUCAGUCUGUCGGCCGACUUCCUGCUCCAGGUCUGGGCAGCCACACUGCAUGCGGGCUGGGCCGACUGGGGAGCUCAUAGGCCAGGCUCUGAGACCCAGGCAGGGCCUAGGGUGGGACGAUGGCAGGUGAGGGCAGCAACCUGAGCACCAGGCUGUUCACGGAAGACCAGAAUGUAGAUGAGGGACUUGUCUAUGACACCGUAUUCACGCACUUCAAAAGACAUAAGCUGGAGAUUUCAAAUGCAAUAAAAAAGACAUUUCCAUUCCUUGAGGGCCUCCGUGAUCGUGAACUCAUCACAGAUAAAAUGUUUGAAGAUUCUGAAGAUUCUUGUAGAAACCUGGUCCCUGUACAAAGAGUGGUGUACAAUGUUCUCAGUGAACUGGAGAAGACAUUUAACCUGUCAGUUCUGGAAGCACUGUUCAGCGAGGUCAACAUACAGGAAUACCCCGAUUUAAUUCACAUUUAUAAAAGCUUCAACAAUGCAAUCCAAGACAAAUUGUCUUUCCAAGAAAGUGAUCGAAAAGAAAGGAAAGAGAGGCCUGACAUCAAACUAAGUCUUGAACAAGGAGCAGAGCGACCAGCAUGUGAAAAUGAGAAGUGUUCCUAUGUCAUGUGUUUCUCAGGAGAAGUGCCAGAAAGCCCGGAAGCAAGGAAGGAAAGUGACCAAGCAUGUGGCAAAAUGGAUACUGUGGAUAUUGCAAACAACUCCACUUUGGGAAAACCCAAGAGGAAAAGAAGAAAAAAGGGGCAUGGCUGGAGCAAAAUGAGAACGAGAAGGCAGAAAAACAGCCAACAAAAUGUUAACAGCAAAGCUGAUGGCCAGCUGGUCUCAAGUGAAAAGAAGGCGAACGUGAAUCUGAAAGACCUUUCCAAGAUUAGGGGGAGAAAGAGAGGCAAACCUGGAACCCGCUUCACUCAGAGUGACAGAGCUCCACAGAAAAGAGUUCGAUCAAGAGCUUCAAGAAAGCACAAAGAUGAAACUGUGGAUUUUCAGGCUCCUUUACUUCCAGUGACCUGUGGUGGGGUGAAGGGAAUUUUACAUAAGGAGAAAUUGGAACAAGGAACCUUCGUGAAGUGUAUACAGACUGAGGAUGGAAAUUGGUUCACCCCCAGGAAAUUUGAAAUCAAAGGAGGCUACGCAAGAUCAAAGAACUGGAGGCUGAGUUUGCGCUGUGGCGGGUGGCCCCUACGACGGCUGAUGGAGGAAGGAUUUCUACCUAAUCCUCCAAGAAUAUAUUACAGUAACAAAAAGAGAAUACCGAAGUCUCAAAACAAUAGCUCAGUUGACCGUUGUAUGAGAAACUUGGAUGAGUGUGAGGUGUGCCGGGACGGAGGGGAGCUGUUCUGUUGUGACACUUGUUCAAGAGUCUUCCAUGAGGACUGCCACAUCCCGCCUGUGGAAAGUGAGAAGACCCCGUGGAGUUGCAUCUUCUGCAGGAUGAACAAGUCUCCAGGAAGCCAACAGUGUUGUCAGGAAUCUGAGGUCCUGGAGAGGCAGAUGUGUCCUGAGGAACAGUUGAAAUGUGAGUUCCUCCUCUUGAAAGUCUAUUGCUGUUCUGAGAGCUCCUUUUUUGCCAAGAUUCCAUACUAUUAUUAUAUUAGAGAGGCGUGUCAAGGCCUGAAGGAGCCCAUGUGGUUGGAUAAAAUCAAGAAAAGGCUGAAUGAGCACGGUUACCCCCAAGUGGAGGGGUUUGUACAAGACAUGCGCCUCAUCUUCCAGAACCACAGGGCCUCUUACAAGUACAAGGAUUUUGGCCAAAUGGGACUUAGACUGGAGGCUGAAUUUGAGAAGGAUUUCAAGGAAGUGUUUGCUAUUCAGGAAACAAAUGGGAACAGUUGACUGGUUUAGUGGAUGCUGAAGGCCUUCAGGAAAUAUGCCACUGGUUUGCCACUGACUUCAAACUGAGAGCGCUUGGGAAAUAGCACAUGCAGGGAGGGGCUUUUCUCUGAGCCUCCCUCAUCUGCCCAAAGACAAAUGCUCAAAAGAAAUGUGAUCAUCAUGAAUCCCAUCCCCAAGAAUCUCAUCAGCCAGGGAAGAGGAACUGAAAUCACAGGGAAGGAGAUUGGAGGUGAUACCAGCACAGACAGACUCUCGCCUCUUCUCCUGAGGUCUGCUCCAGACAACAUUUAUUACUCACAAGACCUUUUUCCUCUGUUUUUUUUGAGAUGGAGUCUCACACUCUCUCCCGGGGUUAGAAUGCAAUGGCGCAAUCUCAGCUCACUGCAACCUCUGCCUCCCGGGUUCAAGUGAUUCUCCUGUCUCAGCCUCCCGAGUAGCUGGGAUUACAGUGCUUGUCACCAUGCCCAGCUAAUUUUUUGCAUUUUUAGUACAGACGGGGUUUCGCUAUGUUGGCCAGGCUGGUCUCAAACUCCUGACCUCAUGAGCCACCCGCCUCGGCCUCCCAAAGUGCUGGGACGUGACAGGAGUGAGCCACCACGCCUGGCCACUCGCAAGACCUUUUAUCUGAAAACCAGCCAAACUUUAUUCACAACACACUUCUUCCCUUCACUCUCCCACUUCUGUGGCCGACUCCCUGCAGAACUCCCAAACAGCCGUUCUUUUCAAUAGCUCACGAUGGUGUAUGAGUGUCCAUCAUCUGACCCUUCUUGGAGUCUCAUAUUUCGUGGGACUCCUGUGAAAACAUAUAUUUUUAAAAUUUUUUUCCUCCUGUUAAUCUACUUACGUCAAUUUAAUUCAUUCGUAGCUCAGCCAAAGAACCUAGCAGGGUAGAGAUGCUCCCCUGCAAAGCAGUAGGCAUCCUGGCACCAUCUCCUCUUCUGGCCAGGUCUUUUCAUCCCCAGCUGCUGAGUGGUGGCUGCUGAUGCCAGCAGUCCCCAGAGUAUUGCCCUUGGUUAAAUGGAAUCAGCUUCACCUGGAAGUGACGCCCCAUGGCCUGAGGCCGGCCCCUUUGCCUCAAAGCAGGACCAAGGGUGUGGUGUGCGGCUACCACGUGCUCCCAGGUAUCAGGCUGGAGCUAGUCUCUAGCUGUGGCCACGUCCUGGCUUAGCUUUUGCCCACAUGAUGAGCUUCCCCCACUCCCUUCUGAGCGAAUGUUCACCAUCAAUCUCUUGCUUAAGGGACUUCAUCCCAGAAUGUGCUUCUGGGGAAUGCAACCUAAAGUAACAGCCCCAGGAAGCGAGCUCUGAGGACAGGAUUCUGGAGUUGGAUCACUGUCUAGCCCAAUGGUGCUAGGCAGAAUAUGGAUAGCCCCAGAAGUGCUAUCACUGAGCAGUUGCCCAAAUUUUCACCUGUAGUAAAUUAGAUGAGCUGCAGGUCAAGCUAUUUUAGUACACCUAUGUACUAAAAUACCUGGUACGAUUGUCUGGUAUUUAAGAAGUGAGGAAAAGUAACUAUAAGAAAUAUGGGUUUUGGUGGGUAUUACUAAGUGCCAUUAAUGUCUUGAAAAGAGUAAAUGACAGGCUUAGAUCUAUUCAUUACCAACCUAAAGAGAAGAGACCCUCAUACCUGGAGCUGGAAGGCAGACAGCAAGGAAGGUCUGGUACAGACCUGAUUUUAUGAAUCACAGAACUUCAGAGAACACUGAAUUCUAAGCUCAGGAUGGUCUCUUAUGCCAAAGUCAAGGCCUUAAAACUCAGCAUGGGGCUAUCUAGAUAGAUGUACAUGAGAACUUUGAACUCCAGAUGCCCCCUGAACCUACUGGGUUUUCAGAAAAGUCCUCUUGCCCCUUGUUGGAAGAGAGAGCUACCACCCCCACCCAACUCCCAAUUUUUGUGGAAUGAAGACUGUGUAGAGACCACUCAGGACAAAGCAAGUGAACAGUCAUGGGCAGGGUGGCAAAGUGAAGAGAGGGUUUAUCCUCCGAAGGAGCUGUAGGACUGGCCAGCGUGCAUCAGCAGGAGCAAGGAGAUUGUGUCUGGGAGUGGAUCCUGGUCCAGGAAGGGUGAAAUGUGAAACCAGAUAAGUGAGAAUUAUUGACAAAAGGGCAUGAUUCUCUACUACAGAGUUUAACUAGCCUGGCAUGGCCCAAAGGUGAUGAUUCCGAUAUACUCCUGGGUGGCUCCUAGAGACUUAGUAUAAGACAUGGUACACAUUAAGUCAAGUGGAAGCAGAGAUGCCAGAACUACUGUGGCAGAGUCUGGGAAAAGGGGUCCCAAGGAUAGGGAAGUUGGUGUGCUAGAAUAACUCUGCACUCUACAACUGGAGAAUCCGUCCAUCAGGCGACUGAGUUCCUCCAAAGGGGAACACUACUAAUGUGUCUCAGACACUAACUAAGGGGAGAAGGAAUGCACUGCUGACGGGGCAGCACAUCCUUGAGAAGGUCAAUGGUGGCUGUCCCCUGAAGGCCAGAAUAAUGCUAGAGAUGUUUUACAGAACUGGAUCCCCCAGUAGUGAGCAAAAUGAUAGAAUUCCAGAAUAACAGAGGCCAAGUGGCAGCAUUUAACUGUGAGGGCAAGAUAAAGUAAUUUCCCUAAUGGGCAUGAAUGUUAGAGUGACAGCUGGGAGGCCUGGUCUGUAGGUGUCCAUGAAGAUGGCUAGUAGGACAUGCUGUUCCUCUAGGCAAGACACAUAUUGCUUUAGACAUAUAAUCAAAAGAGAUUGAAAAUAGAUGAGCAGAAGGCUGAGGUCAGCUAUCUAAAGGUAAAGUCUUAGACCCCUUGCCCAGCUUCCAAACCUCAGCCAGUUCUCAGUGGAAUCCAGAACCCACUGAUGGAAAUGAGGGCAGUUUCUCAUAAGGAAGAACUUUGUAAGUGUGCACAGCACUGAUUCCCUCAAGUUUUCACGGGAGGGCUCUAUGGCCAAAUUUUUCGAGUAACUCACAUGCUGGGGAAAGGAAAAUACACAGAUCUUUCAAGGGAUGUUACAAUAUCACAGUUGAUGCUAAUCCCUGGGGACUCAAAGCCCUUUCGUAGCCCCUGUUAGAGUAGAGUAUGUGGAGGUGAGGUAAUGUCCAUCUCACAAUGGGCCCUCUGAAUCCACAGAGCCACCCAGCAAUCAUUUCCCCAUUUCCUGAAUGUAUAAUCAGGGUAUACAUUCAUACGUACAUCAUAAAAUAUAGCAAUUGGCUGACCUGGUUCCUUAACCUCUGGUUUCCUAACCUAUGAAAUAACAAUGACUGUCUCAGGGAAGGCCAAGCAGAAGCCUCUGAAACUGAAGUUUCAUGGUGAAAAAAAGUAUGUUAAAAGCAAUAUCACAUUCUUGGAGAAUGAUAGAAAUUAGUGCCACCUACAAAGACAUGAAGGAGGCAGGAUUGUUAUCCCAGUUACACCUCCAUUUUAAUUCAGCAGUCUGCCCUCUGGUAUCUCCUGGUGGUUCAUGCUGCUAAAUGGCUCCUAAACCUUAACCAAGGAGUAGCCCCUAUUACAGUUGCCGUGCCAAACGUGGUAUCUUUAUUAUAACGGGUUAGCACAGCCUUAGCAAGUGAUACGCAACUAUUAAUAUGGAAAUGCCACUUUUACAGUCCCACCAACAGUGUAAAAGUGUUCCUAUUUCUCCACAUCCUCUCCAGCACCUGUUGUUUCCUGACUUUUUAAUGAUUGCCAUUCUAACUGGUGUGAGAUGGUAUCUCAUUGUGGUUUUGAUUUGCAUUUCUCUGAUGGCCAGUGAUGGUGAGCAUUUUUUCAUGUGUUUUUUGGCUGCAUAAAUGUCUUCUUUUGAGAAGUGUCUGUUCAUGUCCUUCGCCCACUUUUUAAUGGGGUUGUUUGUUUUUUUCUUGUAAAUUUGUUGGAGUUCAUUGUAGAUUCUGGAUAUUAGCCCUUUGUCAGAUGAGUAGGUUGCGAAAAUCUUCUCCCAUUUUGUAGGUUGCCUGUUCACUCUGAUGGUAGUUUCUUUUGCUGUGCAGAAGCUCUUGAGUUUAAUUAGAUCCCAUUUGUCAAUUUUGGCUUUUGUUGCCAUUGCUUUUGGUGUUUUAGACAUGAAGUCCUUGCCCAUGCCUAUGUCCUGAAUGGUAAUGCCUAGGUUUUCUUCUAGGGUUUUUAUGGUUUUAGGUCUAACAUUUAAGUCUUUAAUCCAUCUUGAAUUGAUUUUUGUAUAAGGUGUAAGGAAGGGAUCCAGUUUCAGCUUUCUACAUAUGGCUAGCCAGUUUUCCCAGCACCAUUUAUUAAAAAGGGAAUCCUUUCCCCAUUUCUUGUUUUUGUCAGGUUUGUCAAAGAUCAGAUACUUGUAGAUAUGUGGCAUUAUUUCUGACGGCUCUGUUCUGUUCCAUUGAUCUAUAUCUCUGUUUUGAUACCAGUACCAUGCUGUUUUGGUUACUGUAGCCUUGUAGUAUAGUUUGAAGUCAGGUAGCGUGAUGCCUCCAGCUUUGUUCUUUUGGCUUAGGAUUGACUUGGCGAUGCGGACUCUUUUUUGGUUCCAUAUGAACUUUAAAGUAGUUUUUUCCAAUUCUGUGAAGAAAGUCAUUGGUAGCUUGAUGGGGAUGGCAUUGAAUCUGUAAAUUACUUUGGGAAGGAUGGCCAUUUUCAUGAUAUUGAUUCUUCCUACCCAUGAGCAUGGAAUGUUCUUCCAUUUGUUUGUAUCCUCUUUUAUUUCCUUGAGCAGUGGUUUGUAGUUCUCCUUGAAGAGGUCUUUCACAUCCCUUGUAAGUUGGAUUCCUAGGUAUUUUAUUCUCUUUGAAGCAAUUGUGAAUGGGAGUUCACUCAUGAUUUGGCUCUCUGUUUGUCUGUUAUUGAUGUAUAAGAAUGCUUGUGAUUUUUGCACAUUGAUUUUGUAUCCUGAGACUUUGCUGAAGUUGCUUAUCAGCUUAAGGAGAUUUUGGGCUGAGACAAUGGGGUUUUCUAGAUAUACUAUCAUGUCAUCUGCAAACAGGGAAUACUCUGCAGCCAUAAAAAAUGAUGAGUUCACGUUCUUUGUAGGGACAUGGAUGAAAUUGGAAAUCAUCAUUCUCAGUAAACUAUCGCAAGAACAAAAAACCAAACACCGCAUAUUCUCACUCAUAGGUGGGAAUUGAACAAUGAGAACACAUGGACACAGGAAGGGGAACAUCACACUCUGGGGACUGUUGUGGGGUGGGGGGAGGGGGGAGGGAUAGCACUGGGAGAUAUACCUAAUGCUAGAUGACGAGUUGGUGGGUGCAGCGCACCAGCAUGGCACAUGUAUACAUAUGUAACUUACCUGCACAUUGCGCACAUGUACCAUAAAACCUAAAGUAUAAUAAUAAUAAUAAUAAUAAUAAUAAAAGAAAAAAAAAUAUGGAAAUGCCACUUUUAAAGGAUCCAGCAGGAUGUAGGUUGAGAAGAAAUUCACAUUCUCAAGGAUUGGACAACAGUAUAUCUUUAUAGUCUUGCUCCAGGGCAAGGUGAAUCCUGCUUUGUGUUACAAUAUAGCCUUUCUGGACACUCUGCAAUACAUUACAUUGGUCAACUGUAUUGAUGACAGUAUGUUCAUGAGCCUGAUAAGCGAGAAAUGUUGACUAUUCUGAAUGACUUAGUAAGUCAUAAACACUGCAGAUGGUGGGAGAGAAAUGUUACAAAGAUACAGAGAUGUGCCACAUAGGUAAGCUUUCAGGGGUUCAAUGGUCUGGAGCGCGUCAGAGCAUCCCCUCCAAAGCUCCAAGCUGUUGCACUUCAUACCUCCUACCACUAAGAAACCCAGAGCUUGGUGGUCCUCUCCACAUGAGGAGAAUCACCGUGGUUGACAUUCUGAUGAAAGUGAUUCUAGGCUUUGUAAUGUGGUUGUGUGUUUGGGAGGCAGGAAGUGGGGAGGCAGUGGGCAUACCAUCUUAAUAAAUAAAAAUGUGCUAAUCAAUGUUUUUCACUUAACAAUAUAAGAUGGACAUUGUCACAUCAGUAAAUACAGCUCUACAUCAUCCGUGCCAUACCUUUCAUUUAUCCUCAAAACUGAAUGACAGUUGGCUCUUUAGUUAUUUUUGGUCUGGUAAGCAUAGUAAUUUGUACUGAGAGGCAGCACAGGCUAGCAUUCAGGAGCACAGCCUCUGUAAGUAGAAGCCCAGUUCCUGCACUUCUCCACUUGCUGACGGUGUGUCCUUGGGCAAGCUACUCAUCCUUCCCCUGUACACUUUCAUCUGUAAAAAGGAGACACUAGUAGUAAAUAGCUUGCUGGAUUAUUGUGAGGAUUAAUGAGUUAAUAUUUAUUAUGCACUUUGAAAGCAUCUGGCCCUCCAUGCAAUACAUAUGUAAUAAACAAGCAAACUUAAAAGAUUAACAUAAACACCUUUGUAUCAAUUCAGGCUCUUUGCUGUCAAGAGAAACCCAAUAUAUACCCAAAAGAAUAGAAAUCAUUCUAUGAUAAAGAUACAUGCAUGUGUAUAUUCAUUGCAGCACUAUUCGCAAUAGCAAAAACAUUCAAUCAACCCAAAUGCAUAUCAGUGAUAGACUGGAUAAAGAAAAUGUGGUAUGUAUACACCAUAGAAUACUAUACAGCCAUAAAAGGAAACUAGAUCAUGUCCUUUGCAGGGGCAUGGAUGGAGCUCGAAGCCAUUACCCUUAGCAGACUAAUGCAGGAACAGAAAAUCAAGCACCAUAUGUUCUCACUUAUAAGUGGGAGCUGAACAAUGAGAACACAUGGACAUAGGGAGGGGAACAACAUACUGGGGCCUGUUGUUUGGGGCAGGGGAAGGGAGAGGAUCAGGAUAAAUAGCUAAUGCAUGCAGGGCUUCAUACCUUGGUGAUGGGUUGAUAGGUGGAGCAAACCACCAUGGCACAUAUUUACCUGUGUAACAAACCUGCAUGUCCUGCACAUGUAUCCCAGAGCUUAAAAUUAAAUUAAAUUUAGAAAAAAAAAAAAGAAUCCAAUGUGAAAGAAUCCAAUCACAAAAGACAACAUAAUUUAUUAUUCCAUUUAUAUGAAAUGUUUAGAAUAGGUAAAUCCAUAGAGACAGAUUGAUUGGUGGUUGCCUAAUGCUGGGAGGUUGAGGGGAAAUGGGUAUGUGGUUUCUUUUUAUGGUGACAAAAAUGUUCUGAAAUUGAUUGUGGUGAUGUUAAAAAGCCCUGUGAACAUACUAUAUAACUUUUAAUUGUACAAUUUAAAUGGGUAAAUCAUAUGGUAUGUUAAUUGUAUCUCAAUAAAGCUGUUAAAAAAAUUUAAAAAA